AUGGAAGACGUUAAUUCAGGUUACAAUACCAACACUUCACAGCAAGGAAUAUUCAUAAGUAAUUGUGAUUGUGGUCUUGAACCAGUUCUUCGGGAGGUUAAGUCAAACACAAUAAAUAAAGGAAGAUUUUUUUGGUCAUGCAGCAAAUUUGGUACUCCGAAUCAUUCGAGAAAAUGUAAUUUCUUUAAAUGGAAAUCUCAAAAUGAUGAAGACGAUAACGAUCCCUUCUUCCAAUACGCCAUACAAAGUAGAACAACAUCAAUACCCUUACAUUGGAGAUAUAAGAAUUCUAGUAUUAGAGCUACUUUUCCACAAGCUCCCGGUACACCUCCAACAAGAUCGCAAUCUCCAUUUUCUGUAAACUCAAUAGAUGAUGAACUUACUCCCAGAAAUUUAACUGGUGAUGUAUACACACGUAAACCGGCUGUCUUCGAUAAUUGGGAUGAUGUACCUAAAUUUUCCACUCCACAAUUAUUAGAUAUUGCGCAAAAUCACCUUAUGCAACAAGACAGAAAUUAUCAAAGAUGGUACACUGCCAACCAAUUGGUUAAACGAGAUCUUGAAGAUGCAAGGAAAGAAAUUGAGAAAUCAAAAAGAGAUUUUGAAAUGUUAGUUAAAGAAAACGAACUAUAUAAACGUGAAAUUAAAGUUUUAAAAGCUGAAAAGCGACGACGGUUAGAAGAUGAAAAUGUUGGUAUAAAAGAAGAAAAUCAGGAUUAA